GUAUACCGAAGAGGAGCCUACUCGAUUCAUUUUUCAGAAUUUUGUUUUUUCUUUUGGUCAUUCAUUCAAACCAAAAGGAGAGUUUUCUUCAAGUGAAUCGUUGGCCAGUCAUUCAAGCCACGGUUCACCAUAUUGUUUGUCUCCCUCGGUCUUUUCAUUUCAAACCGAGACGGAAAUUUUUUUUCCCCUACCCCCUUUUCACUCCAAUAUGUGUGAGUAUUGUGAUAGUGAUUGUGAGUAUGAAGAGGUUUAUGAAGAACCAGAAUAUAGAGAGCAUUGGAAUGUUGAAGACGUCUUAGCCAAAAUACCAGAGACUUUAAGAGAGGUAGAAAGCAUUGCAGAGGCGAAACCAAUGCAUGGAGACCUACAAACCGAUCAAAAACACCAUGACAAGGGUAAUAACUUGGAUGAUGCACUCUCGGAAGAAGAAGAAGAAGAAGAAGAAGGAAGAGAAAUAGAUGCGAUUGUGAGUGACCUCAUAACGGAGGCAAAGAACCCCGAAGAAGAGGCAUUACAUCCAUUUGAACUCAUUCCAUAUCCGAGUACAAUAAAGACUCCGAGCAUCCCAUUUGCAUGGAGAGAAACCCAAGUUUGUAGUAUCUUCUAUUCUCCUAUCUCUUUCGAUUUUUGUGUUCCAAAUGAUAUGUUUGCUUGUCUUAGUGUUUAUGAUCAGAAAAUCCAACCAAUAAUCAUGAAACUUCAUGGUGUCGAGAAGCUCACGAGUGAGGGGGAAUGGUAUGAAGCACUCGUAUGCUUCUCUAUUAAAAAUGACACAAUGCAAGUAUCCGAGUACAAAACGGAGGUGACAUUACCUAUGAGUUUCUACAAUUCUCUGUCUCAUAAUUCAAUAUCAUUAAACUUGGAAUUCAUUCAUAUAAGAACAUUAUUUUUACUUUUAUUUGAUAAAAAUCAUAUGCUUGCAUCGUUAUAUUUGGUUUUGUGUAUUAAACGGAGUGUUAUGGUCUCCGAUAUGUUCUCUAACCAUUUCUUUGAGAUUUUACAGCAAAUAAACAUGAAUAUAGGAAAUUUUGGAAGCUUAAAUCCAAAGGAACCUCCAUGGAAAGAGUUGGAAUGCUUGGAUAUAAGUCAACGCAACCACAAGGGUAUUCGCUCUCCAAGAUUAGCUUUUCAUCAUUUCUCCAAGCUAAUCUUGAGGGGGAAUGUUGGAGAACGAAGUAAUGCUGAAGAACAAACCGAGCUACAUAACUCAUCUUUCUUGGACAACACUCGAGCGGUUGAAGCAUUUGAUUCAACCAUAAUAUUAAAAGGCAAGACUAACACAUGAAAGGGAGUUAAUAUGAGGAUCAUUUCUGCAUAAAUCAAGGACCAACAGAUUGAUACCCAUCGUAUCAUGGUUGCCAAAUAUAGGAGACGUAAUUUGCCUUCUAUCUACCUAGAAUAGGAAUGUUUCCAUUUCCUUUUAGAUCCUCACAACGUUCAUAUGCAUAUUUUUCCUUUUCCUUUCUAAGUCUUUAUUCUAUAUAUUGUAAACAAAUAUUCAUGAAUAAUAAGAAGAACCAAGUAACCUAUUUGGGUUACCUUUCUUUA